AUGGCGGAUGCCUUUGUGUCAUUUGCAGUUAAAAAAUUGAGUGAUUUCCUCAGAGACCAAGUUUCCCUGAGAACAAAUCUCAGAGAGGAAGUUGAGUGGCUGAUAAAAGAGCUACACAUCAUAAAGUCAUACCUCGGAGAUGCAGAACAAAAGCAAAGUGGAGAUCAUAGAGUUCAACAAUGGCUGUUUGAAAUCAACUCUAUUGCUAAUGACGCUGUUGCUAUACUCGAGACUUACAGCUUCGAGGCUGGUAAAGGUGUUAGUCAUCUCAAGGCUUGCCCUUGCAUAUGUAGGAAGGAGAAGAAAUUCUACAAUGUCCUUGAGGAGAUUCAAUCACUCAAGCAGCGAAUCAUAGAUAUCUCUUGCAAACGAGAGACUUAUGGUAUUACAAAUAUCAAUUAUAAUGCAGGAGAAGGGCCAAGUAAUCAGGAUGUUGUAGAAAAAUUGUUAGAUGAACUUCUCAGAGCAGAGGCUCGUCCAAGCGUCAUCUCCAUUUGCGGAAGGGGUGGUUUAGGCAAGACUACACUUGCGAGAAACCUCUAUAUCAAUCCUAAUAUAGUCAAUAGCUUCCAUAUGCGUGCUUGGAUAUGUGCUCCUGAAAAGAACACCGUGGAUGUCCUCAAGAAUAUCAUAAAAUCCAUCCAAUCUUGCAGCAAGGAAAUUCUAGAUUGGUUGGAAAGGAUGACAGAAAGAGAUUUAGAAAUUUACCUUCGGGCUCUUUUAAAAAAACGCAAAUACCUUGUUGUGGUUGAUGAUCUAUGGCAUACAGAAGCGUGGGAGAGUUUGGAAAAAGCAUUCCGAGAUGGCAAGAAAGGCAGCAGAGUCAUUAUUACCACCCGCAUGAAGGAUAUCGCUGAAAGAGCAGACGAAGGUUUUGUCCAUUAUCUCCGUUACCUAAGCCAAGAAGAAAGUUGGGAUCUCUUUUGUAGGAAACAACUCGAUGUUCAGGCAAUGGUUCCAAAAAUGGAAAGGUUAGCUAGAGAUAUGGUGGAAACGUGUGGAGGCUUACCUCUUACAAUUGUUGUAUUGAGCGGACUCCUUUCGCAUAAAAGGGGGCUAGACGAAUGGAAAAAGGUGAAAGAUCACCUUUGUAAGAACAUUAUUGAAGAUGAAUGUACUGAAAGCCUCAAAAUACUAUCAUUAAGCUACAAUGAUUUGUCAACUGCGCUCAAGCAGUGUUUUUUGUACUUUGGUAUUUUUCCAAAAGGUCAAGUGGUCGAGGCUGAAAACAUAAUAUGGUUGUGGAUGGCAGAAGGUUUCAUACCCAGAGGAGAAGAAAGAAUGGAGGAUGUCGCUGAAGGCUUCUUGAAUGAGCUGAAAAGACGAAGCUUGGUUCAAGUGGUAGAUACAUUCUGGGAAAAAGUUGAAGUAUGUAGUGUUCAUGAUUUACUUCGUUAUCUUGCGAUACAAAAGGCAUUGGAGGUAAACUUCUUUGACAUUUAUGAUCCAAGAAACCACUCCAUAUCCUCUUCAUGUAUCAGACAUGGCAUUCAUAGUCAAGAAAAAAGGUACCUCUCACUUGAUCUUUCUAACUUGAAGUUGAAGUCAAUUAUGUUCUUCAAUCUAGGAUUUCGUAACAUGAGUCAUAUAAACUUCAGUAGUGUGUUCCAACAUGUAUAUGUGUUGUACAUGGAUACUAUUGAUGGCACUUUACCUGAUUCCAUAGGAAGUUUGUACCACCUCAAGUUCUUAAGAUUGACAGGUGUUAUUCAUGAUUUACCCUCCUCCAUUGGCAGCCUCAAGAAUUUACAAAUACUUUGUGUCAAAUGUAAUUUCAAACAAUUCUGCCAACUACCCCCCGAAACAGCUGACCUAAUAAAUUUAAGAUAUUUAGCUGUUCCCUAUUCAGAACCUCUGAAUCGUAUAAGAAAACUCACAAGUCUUCAAUCUCUCAAAGGCGUCUCUUGUGAUCAGUGGAAAGAUGUUGAUCCUGUUGAUUUAGUCAAUCUUCAAGAAUUAAGCAUGAUUAGUAUUACCAAAUCUUACUCCCUCAACAACAUUAGCAACUUGAAAAACCUUAGCACUCUCAAGUUGUUGUGUUAUGCUGAUGAAUCAUUCCCAUCUCUUGAAUUUCUUAAUUCUUGUCAUAACCUCAAGAAAUUGUUGUUAGAAGGUAGAAUAGAGAAACUGCCUUUGUUUCCAAAUUCCAUCACAAUGCUGACUCUUGUCGACUCAAAACUCAUGGAAGAUCCGAUGUUUAUUUUGGGAAUGUUGCCAAACCUAAGGAAUCUCUGUUUGUUUAGAGCUUAUCAAGGAAAAGAAAUAAUCUGCAGUGAUAACAGUUUUAGUCAACUGAAGUUCCUUAGUCUUGAUUGUCUUUGGAACCUAGAAAGAUGGAAUUUAGCAACAAGUGCCAUGCCUCUGAUCAAAGCUCUUCGUAUCGAUCGCUGUCUAAAGCUGAACCAAAUUCUUGAGAGAAUGAAAGAUGUGGAACCAUUGCCUAUUGAAGAGAAAUUAAAUGCGCUGAAGCUUUUCAACCAUAUAUGA